CGAGCUUUUGUGGCUCUCCUUCACCUUUUGCUUCUAAUAAUGUCUACCCAAAUUCUCUGAACAAGCAUAGAGAGUUUUCUCCAAUCCUUUUAUCCUCAAGUUCAACCAUGAACGACACCGUAGACAAACUCGUCGUCUUCCUAGCGAAGAGAGACGGCAUAGACAAGUUGGUGAAGACCUUCCAAUACGUCUCCAAGCUCGUGAACUGGCACGUCGAAGCCACCAAUCCAGACAUAGCCCAGAGAUUCAAGCAAUGGGAGGUUGCUUCGGGGCUCAGUCGAAAAGCCUUCCGUACCGGUCGGUUUCUCACCGGCUUCAACGCCUUGAGACGAAAUCCCGGUUCGUCUCCGACAUUCAAGUUCUUGGCUGUUCUUGCAAAUGCUGGAGAGAUGGUCUACUUCUUCUUUGACCACAUUCUUUGGCUCUCAAGAAUUGGAACCUUGGACGCCAAGUUAGCCAGGAGGAUGAGCUUCGUAUCGGCUUUCGGUGAGUCAUUUGGGUACAUUUUCUUCAUCAUAUCUGAUUUCAUUGCAUUGAAAGAUGGGAUUCAAGCGCAGAGGAAAUUGGUGGGUAGUUUGGAAGGCGGGAAAUCUAAUAAUAGUAAUAAUAAAGAUGUGAGUGAGAGUAUAAGGAAGAUUAAAGUGGAUAGAGUUAUGAGAUUAAUGGCUGUGGCGGCUAAUAUUGCUGACUUGAUUAUAGCUUUGGCAGAUAUCGAACCAAAUCCAUUUUGCAACCAUGCUGUUACACUUGGUAUCAGUGGAUUGGUCUCUGCAUGGGCUGGUUGGUAUAGAAACUGGCCAUCGUAAAGAAAGUUCAAGAAAAAUGAGAACAAAACUGUAUUGAAAAAUAAAAGUUAGUAUUAUUUGCUCAUAUAGCUAUGAGAUUUGUAUUGGUGGAAAUGGAAAUUUAACUUCUUUUUUUCAGCGUUACAUAUAAUUGCUCUGAAGCUUGUUUCAGAAUGGCAUUACUGAAAAUGUUUUAGUUUAGAUAUAUAAAAUUCAAUAUGUUACAUAUUAAUUUUCA